AUGCCCCAGCAACAGCGGGCGCCCUCUCGACCAAUCAGCUGCCAGCGCAACCCGCAGCGCGAGGCAGCACUGCAGUGUUGCCAGAUCAGAGGUGUUCCUCCAGAUCUAGAGGUUGUACGUUUCUGCUCAGGACAGUCUGCAGGUCUCCUGGCAACAACUCCAACUCAUGUUACCUCUCCUACCGUGGACAAGCCAAAGCCUGUCCUGACCCGGGAGCCUGCAGGAGAGAUAUUGGAAGGAGACACAGUCACUCUGAGCUGUGUGGUUGAGGGGGGCUCUGAUGGCUGGAGCUAUCUCUGGUACAAAGGCAGUCAGCACAGUACUCCAGUGUACCAGACUGACAGCAGCAGUGGAACUGGAGCCGGAUACACAAUCAGUCCUGCUGCUCUGUCCCACAGUGGAGAGUACUGGUGUCGAGCUGAAAGAGGGAGCAACCUGUUUAACUCAGACUACAGCAGUGCUGUCAAUAUACAAGUAUCAGAGUUGUUUACCAGCCCUGCUCUGACAGUGAUGCCUGAUGCCUCAGUGUGGGAGGGAGAGACUGUGACUCUGCAGUGUGGGGCUCUGAUAAAUAAACAGGGCACCCAGCUGCAGUACCACUAUAUCAAAGACAACGGGAAUCUGAGAGGAGCUGGAUCACGGGAUCCAUACUCAAUCCCAGCGGCACAGCUGAGAGACACAGGGAGCUACCAGUGUGAAGUGGAGGCAGCAGGGACUGGGGUGAAGAAAAUGAGUGAUAUUGUGUCACUGACUGUGAAAGAACGACCCCAGGCUGUCCUGACCCAGGAGCCUGCAUGGACUCAGAUAUUCAGAUCAGAGAGAGUGACACUGAGAUGUCAGGUUCAGGGGGAUUACACUGACUGGAGAGUCACAUGGUACAAAGCUGGGAAGAAUGCUCCAGUAACCCAGGAUUACUACAGCAGGAUAGAUGGUGACAGAUACACAAUUAGCUCUGCUACUCAAUACCACAGUGGAGAAUAUACCUGUAAAGGUGAAAGGACAGGUAACCCAUCGUACUCUAAAACAAGCGAUGCUCUUACACUGAGAGUAUCAGAACGACCCCAGGCUGUCCUGACCCAGGAGCCUGCAUGGACACAGAUAUACGAAUCAGAGAGAAUUACACUGAGAUGUGAGGUUCAGGGGGGUUACACUGACUGGAGAUUCACAUGGUACGUGGGGAAUGGUCCAGUAACCCAGGAUUACUACAGCAGGAUAGAUGACAAAUACACAAUUAGCUCUGCUACUAGAGACCACAGUGGGGAAUAUACCUGUAAAGGUGAAAGGACAGAUAACCCAUCGUACUCUAAAACAAGCAAUGCUCUUACACUGAGAGUAUCAGCUGGCAAGCCAAAGUCUGUCCUGACCCAGGAGCCUGCAGGAGAGAUAUUUGAAGGAGACACAGUGACUCUGAGCUGUGUGGUUGAGGGAGGCUCUGAUGGCUGGAAAUAUCGCUGGUACAAAGGCAGUCAGUACAGCACUUCAGUGUACUGGACUGACAGCAGCAGUGGAACUGGAGCCGGAUACACAAUCAGUCCUGCUGCUCUGAAUCACAGCGGAUAUUACUGGUGUCGAGCUGAAAGAGGGAGCAACCUGUUUAACUCAGACUACAGCAGUGCUGUCAAUAUACAAGUAUCAGAACGACCAAAGGCUGUCCUGACCCAGGAGCCUGCAUGGACACAGAUAUACAAAUCAGAGAGCGUGACACUGAGAUGUCAGGUUCAGGGGGAUUACACUGACUGGAGAGUCACAUGGUACAAAGCUGGGAGGAAUGCUCCAGUAACCCAGAAUUCCUACAGCAGUAUAGAUGGUGACAGAUACACAAUUAGCUCUGCUACUAAAGGCCACAGUGGAGAAUAUACCUGUAAAGGUGAAAGGACAGGUAACCCAUCGUACUCUAAAACAAGCGAUGCUCUUACACUGAGAGUAUCAGCUGGCAAGCCAAAGCCUGUCCUGACCCAGGAGCCUGCAGGAGAGAUAUUUGAAGGAGACACAGUCACUCUGAGCUGUGUGGUUGAGGGGGGCUCUGGUGGCUGGAGAUAUCUCUGGUACAAAGACAAGCAGUACAGCACUCCAGUGAACCAGACUGACAGCAGCAGUGGAACUGGAGCCGGAUACACAAUCAGUGCUGCUGCUCUGUCCCACAGUGGAGAGUACUGGUGUGGAGCUGAAAGAGGGAGAAACCCAUUUAACUCAGACUACAGCAAUGCUGUCAAUAUACAAGUAUCAGAGCUGCCCCAGACUACACUCACCCUGGAGCCUCCAUUCCCAGAGAUAUUCACCGGGGAGACAGUCACUCUGAGGUGUGCGGUUAAGGGGGGUUCUGCUGGCUGGAAAUAUCUCUGGUACAAAGACAGUGAGGUCACUCCAGUGCUCCAGACUGCUGACCGCAGUAUAACUGGUGACAGCUACACAAUCACUGCAGCUGCUGUAUCUGACCAGGGCCAGUACUGCUGUCGAGGACAAAGAGGAGAUCAGCCACUCUACUCACAGCUCAGUGAUAAAGUAAUAUUAACUGUGUCUGAGGUUCAUCCCAAGGCUGUCCUGACCCUGCAUCCUGCCUGGGCACAGAUAUUCACAGGAGAGACAGUCACCCUGAGCUGUGAGGUGGAGGGGGGCUCUGCUGGCUGGAGGUUUAAACAGUACAGAGAUGGACGUGAAGAGGCAGGGUGCAGUGAUCAAUACAGCAGGAGAGAUGAGGACAGCUGCACAAUCAGCAACGCUCAGCAUUACCACAGUGGAGUGUACUGGUGUGAGUCUGCAUCAGGACAGGAGCGCAGUAAUGCUGUCAACCUAACUGUGUCCAAUGAAUGGGUGAUCCUGCAGACUCCCCUCCAGCCUGCGAUUGAGGGAGACUCUCUGACUCUGAGGUGUCGUGUCCGCACAAAUUAUACAUUUACCAGGAUUGUCUUUUUUAAAGAUAAUGAAGAGAUUCAGUCCCCGAAUAACACAGAGCUGAGUGUGGAUCGUGUUUCAAAGAGUGACGAGGGGUCCUACAAGUGCAGAGCGAUGUGGAACUCCUCAACUUACUCUGGUGACUCUGCAGAGGUGCGGGUGUCAGUUAGAGAGCUGUUCUCCAGGGUGACUCUGACAGCCUCUCCAGGAGCCACAGUGAAGGAGGGAGAGGCUCUUAACCUGACCUGUGAGGCAGCAGUGAACAAAACCCCCCGCCCUCAACUCCACUACACCAUUGUGAGAGACGGGGAGCCUGUGACUAACAGCACUGACUCUGCACUGUACAGCAUAGCCAGCACUGAGAAGAGCCACACUGGGAGCUACACGUGUGCUGUGGAGUCACAGGGAGUGAAGAAGAGCAGCCAGGAGCUACACAUUGAACUGCAAACGUCCUGGCACAGCGCUGUUGCUAUUGGCUACAGAGUGAGCUUCACUCUGAUUCAUUUCAUUGUGUUCACUCUGCUGCUCCUUCAAUACUGCAGGAUCCAAGGUUCCCUGUGUAUUGCUGGCGGUACAUCACGGAAAACCUCGGAUCAGGAUCAGGAGCAGUCAGCAGAGAGGAUUGAGCUCUGCAGCCGUGUGCAGCACACUGGAGUGGAACUGCAAUAGUAUUGCACUGUCGUACUGAAGAUCAGCCUGAAUGCAUUGUCUUAGAACUGCUGUGAAUAUCUGUUCAAACUGCGGCUGUAGUUUACAGAAAAUGACCAUUGACUGGGGUAUUUUCUAAGACCUCAAAACAAAUGGAUUAUUCAUUGAUUGUUUGAUUUAAUUCAUUUAUUUAAUAGAUUGCUUGAUUGCACAGUGUAACUUUAAGUGCAUUACUGAACAAUGUAUGUAUUCAUAAGCUAUCCUUUAGUCAAUAAACUGCUAUAUUUUA